CGCCCGCCCGCCCGGGCGGCCCCGCCGCCGCGCCGCGCCCGCUCCCCAAAUACACCUUUGCGGCGCCGGGGAUCGGCAGCGGCGCCUUGCCCAGAGCCCCUCCGCGGGGCUGCGCGGCCGCGGGCAGCCCCCGCGCCAUGAGAGGACAACAACCCUUUCAUCAGUUAUUGCCUUUGCUCAAGUAGCAAAAUACUGUGGUGUGAAAGAGCCUAGAAUCUUGCUGGGAAAAAAGGUCCUACUUUGUAAUGGGCACACAUUUGUUCCUGUGGUGAUUUAUAGCCUCCAGUAAUCUUCCACAGUGGUUGCCUUAUCUACUAUUCUGGCAUCUUCUGCUCUUGUUAGUAAACAGAAGAGAACUAUAAAACACAAAGCCAAGUACUCUUAAUCUCAAGAGAAAGACUUUGUACAGUAUGUUCUGUACAAAAUUGAAAGACUUGAAGAUCACAGGGGAAUGUCCUUUCUCCUUACUGACUCAAAGUCACAUUACUGAGGAACAUGACAAGGACUGCACAGAAAACAGCUCUAGAGCAGCUUUGCCCAUCUGCAAAGAAGUUCAUGAAAAAGAUGCUCAAGGAAAACUUCCACAAAGGAAAACGAGCAGAAGUAGAGUGUACCUGCACACAUUAACUGAAAGCAUCUGCAAAUUAAUCUUUCCUGAGUUUGAAAGGCUUAAUCUUGCACUUCAGAGAACACUUGCAAAACACAGAAUAAAAGAAACCAGAAAAACUGGGGAUAGAGAAGAUUUUGAAAAAAUAAUCAGUGAUCAUGCUAAUGCAGCAGGUGUUCCUGUGGAGUCUCUACAGGAAUCUCUUGGUGAAGAGCUAUUCAAAAUAUGCUAUGAAGAGGAUGAACACAUAUUAGGGGUUAUUGGAGGAACCCUUAAGGACUUCUUGAACAGUUUCACUACUCUGCUGAAGCAGAGCGGCCACAGCCAAGAAGCAGGAAAAAAGGACAGACUUGAAGACGCCUCCAUAUUAUGCCUGGAGAAAGAUCAGGACUUCUUAAAUGUGUAUUAUUUCUUUCCUAAGAAAAUUACGAGUCUUAUUCUAUCUGGUAUUAUUAAAGCAGCAGCUCAUAUUUUGUAUGAAACUGAGGUGGAAGUGAUGCUCAUGCCUCCUUGUUUCCACAAUGACUGCACUGAGUUUGCUAAUCAGCCUUAUUUGCUGUACUCUAUACAAGUCAAAAGUGCAAAACCUUCGUUAUCUCCAUGUAAACCACAGUCUUCACUUGUGAUUCCUGCCUCUGUGUUCUGUAAGACUUUCCCAUUUCAUUUUAUGUUUGACAAGGAUAUGUCAGUUCUUCAAAUUGGAAAUGGGAUAAGAAGACUUUUGACCAGGAGAGAAUUUCAAGCUAAGCCUAAUUUUGAAGAGUAUUUUGAAAUUCUUACCCCCAAAGUAAGCUGCACUUUCAGUGGAAUAAUGACAAUGCUAAAUAUGCAGUUUACUGUACGAGUCAGAAGAUGGGAUAAUACUGAUAUGAAAUCAUCCAUGGUAAUGGAUCUUAAAGGCCAAAUGAUCUAUAUUUUUGAAUCCAGUGCCAUCCUAUUCUUGGGAUCGCCUUGUGUGGAUAGACUAGAAGAUUUUACAGGACGUGGAUUGUACCUCUCAGAUAUUCCCAUUCACAAUGCAUUGAGAGAUGUUGUUCUGAUAGGAGAGCAGGCCAGAGCUCAGGAUGGACUGAAGAAGAGGUUAGGAAAGCUAAAAGCAACCCUUGAGCAGGCCCAUCAAGCACUUGAAGAAGAAAAGAAGAAGACCGUAGAUCUUCUGUUUUCAAUCUUUCCUGGAGAGGUUGCUCAGCAGCUGUGGCAGGGGCAAGUUGUGCAAGCCAAGAAAUUUAAUAAUGUCACAAUGCUUUUCUCUGACAUUGUUGGAUUCACUGCCAUUUGUUCCCAAUGCUCACCUAUGCAGGUUAUCACCAUGCUUAAUGAGCUUUAUACUCGCUUCGAUUACCAAUGUGGAGAGCUAGAUGUCUACAAGGUUGAGACUAUUGGAGAUGCCUACUGUGUCGCUGGAGGUUUACACAAAGAAAGUGAAACACAUGCUAUUCAGAUAGCAUUGAUGGCCCUGAAGAUGAUGGAGCUGUCAGAUGAGGUGGUGUCUCCCCAUGGAGAGCCUAUCAAGAUGCGUAUUGGCCUUCAUUCUGGAUCUGUCUUUGCUGGAGUUGUUGGGGUUAAAAUGCCUCGUUACUGCCUUUUUGGAAAUAAUGUAACUCUUGCCAAUAAGUUUGAAUCUUGCAGUAUACCUAGAAAAAUAAACGUCAGCCCAACAACUUACAGGUUGUUAAAGGAAUAUCCAGGUUUUGUGUUCACACCUCGCUCAAGAGAAGAGCUUCCACCAAAUUUUCCCACUGAUAUCCCUGGAAUUUGCUAUUUUCUGGAUGCUUAUAUUCAAGGAACAAACUCACAGACUUGGUUUCAAAAGAGAGAUUUGGAAGACGGCAAUGCCAAUUUUUUGGGUGAGGAAACAGGAAUAGACUAAAUGGUACAUUCACAAGUGUAUAGAAUAAGUUUAUAAAUAUUUUGAUUUUUUUGUAUGAAUUGCAAAUUUUUAAAAAUGUAUGAAACAUGAAAGCACUUUAGAUUGUUAACACCUGAAAGCCAGUAUUAAAAUUUCAGGAAGUACGUCACUGACUACUUUUUAUUUUUUUCUUUGCAUAGGAACAUAGUCACUAAAAUAAUGUUGCAACUUCACUGUUGAAAAUGCUACUAAAACCUACAUUUUCCCUGUGGUAAUUUGUAAGUGCGUAACAGCUCUCUGAGUUCUCUCUGUGCUGAGAAUUCUAGAUGUAUUGUAUAUGCAGCGUGUCAGGAAAUGUAAUGUGCAAGUGAUGCAGCUACAUGCAGUGUUGUGAGCUGGUGCUUAUCAAUGACUAUUAAAAUAUAUUUUCUUAGUGAUUCCAUAAGAAAAUGUCCAUUAAAAUAUUGUUGUUGCUAUCACAUACGCAUUCCAGUGCAUCAUUUGGGCCCUAUCCUAGAAGCUGCUGACCAUCUUCUAACACUGAUUGGAGUCAACGUGUUGAGGGUGCUCAGCAUCUUCUGGAUCAGGCUGCUAACUGUAGCUAAUACACAUAUACAUAGCAAAGUUUGCUGCUUACUGUUUCAUGAACUUUAUUUUGUGUAUAAAAUGAAUAUAGAUUAAAGCACUGUAUAAUUACAUACUAAAGUCUCUGUAAUCAUCAAACCAUAUUUUAGUUUUUGGGGUUUUUAAAAUACUUUACAAAAAUAAUAAUAUCCACUUGCUAUUAUGUAUUAGAGCAAUAAAUGUUUUCUUUUUGUUGUCAUUUAAAUUUGAAAUGUUUUAAAAGAAGUGUAAUAAAACAUGCUUUGAAGUGUUCGCUUAGAAUGGAAAUUCCAGUCAGACUGUUUAAAAUCGAACAGAAGCACACUGGUUUAAAGCUAUGAUCCUUAUUCAGAACGGCAACUUGGGUAUGAAUGACAUAUUAUUGAAAUUCCUGUGGUAUACUCACUUUAAAGUUGCCAGGGAAUCUACAAGUCAACAGAAAUGCUUUAAAACAUAUGAACACAUAUGUGAGAUAUUACUAUUAAUACAGUACAAGCUUUUCUAUUGUGAAUGGUGGAACAUGAGUGGAGAACUCUAAAGGGUCUGCCUCUAGAACUGGCAGAAUAGAGUUAGUUACGAGUCCUGAGUUUAGGAUUCUGCCUCUCUAACUAGCAGAUCCAUCUGCACAGAAAUUUCUCCAUGCCACACAGUUUGAUCCCACCUGCGGGCUGGAGAACUGCACUGCUUACACACAUAAAAUAUUUCCAGGAGUAUCAAAUAUUAUUAGUUAUUAUUCUAACCUCUUAAACUGUUUGGUUUUGGCAUAUCAAGCAUAAAAGUCUUUCUUCAAGCUACUUGCUACUGAAUCAGAUUUUGCUCUCUGAAUAUUUACAGGGAGCAAUUACAUUAGACUAAGGUGCCAGUCUGUUCAUUUUCUGAACUUGACAGGUUCAUUCUGAAGCUCAAUACACUUUUAUCCUACUAUGUUGCAGUAGAAACUCAUACAGAACAUGUACUAUCAGAGCCUUGAGAAAAAUCCUUAUAAGGGACUAGCACUAAGAACAUUUUAAAAGCAUAUUUUAAUUCAGAUUUCCUGUAAGCAGCAUUUGAACAAAACUUGAAACAUUGAAUCCUGCUAUUGCUUGAGGUCUCCUGUAUCCAUCCAAGAUGGUUAGAAAUAAUUGUGACACAAAAGUGGAACCUGAAAGUCUCUCUAUAUAUGCACAUCUCUCUCUUGCACACGUCAUACCUAUACACGCACAUAUACAAGCAUAUGUAUUUGUAACAUUUUUAACAGCAGUGUUUCAAGGAAUGAGAACUAUGCAAACCUUGGCAACUGAUCUUUGCAAUAUUAUUUUGGUCAGAAAAUUCUGUUCUAUUGACAUAAAUACCAGGAUGCUGGUAGCAGUCCCAUGUGUCUGCUCCUGGAUUUAAAAAUGUGGGAGUGUUUGACGACCGACUCUUAGUAGGCUCAUGGUAUUAAGCCAGUAAUGACUGAAGUCAGUAGGAAUCUAUCCAUCCCUGUCAUCUGUUGAAUGUUAAAAAACAAAUAGGCUUUUAAAUAAAAAGGAUUUCUUUCUCCAUAUUUACCAAAUGGGAGGGACUCUUAGGAGUGAAUUUCCUUUUGUCCCCAGGAAAGAACUAUUGCUGGACUGGAUGAUGGCCGUUCUCAAAGCCAGAUUUCAUAUAAAUCUGUCAUUCAGUAGGAUGUUCAUCAUGGCAGUUCCCGACACCUUCCUAAAUGUAUCUCUGUAAAAUAAAAUGUGCCCUUGGCCUUAGUUCUUAUUACAGAUCAAAUUAAUCUUCCAACAUUACUUUUUAUAACUCUCUGUUUUUUAACAAACCCUAGGCUACAUUACCAGCUGGGAUAGAAUUGCUGUAGAGUUCCUUUUACUUCACUAACUUUUUUUUCUGAAAAGUUCAAAACAUUCCCAUGUCUACUUCAGCCUUGGUUCAGAGAAAAAUCCUGAUAAGGCGCUUAAGUGUACACAUAAAACAAUACACUUGAAUCUCAGUGAAGUAAAUAGGAUUUAGGCAGGUAUUUAAGACAAUGAUUCAAGAAAGUUCAUUAAAAUGUACUUGUGUUCAGGCCUGUUCUGAAAAAAAACCCACAAGCCUAUGCUUAGCUUUAAGCAGAACUGAAAAAUUUAGGUCUCACUUAAACCUGUUUAAGUUUUUUGCUGAAUGAAUAUGUAUUUAAUAAGGGACAAUUAUUUUUAACUAAUCUUUUCACUUAGAUCUUAAUUAGUCCUUUCACUUUUUAAGUAAUCUUUUCACUUAAAUUAAAGCCAAUGGGAAAAAAGGAAUCAGAAAGCCAAUGAGCAAAUUGUUGAGAUAAACAAAAGGAAGGCAAUUUAACUGAUAUAAUACUGGGAGAUUUUGCAAGGAAAUAAAACAGUUGUUUUUAAGCUGA